UGUCCGCGAAUAGAGUAUAGCAGAGGCGUCAAAAUGAUAGGAGAGGGCAUGGGGAUCGGAUCGUGAGCUACGCGCUACGCAGGAGAUGUCGACAAGAUGACAGCGGCUGUGUGACGCUCGUUACGUUAAUUCUUGGCUACAGGUUUGCCCGUGUACCAGGAAGAAGAAUCGUUCGUGGCUAAAAAGAACGACUUAUGACUCGUUACGGUAGUACGCGCGUCUCAGUGGAUACUCUGCCUCGAAACGAGAUUGUAAUCGGGCGAAUUCGGGUAAGAGCCGUGACCGCCGCGCCCGUGCAAUGUACACAGCGGCUUGAAUCGUGCUCGAAAUCGUCACCGUCCCCGAGGAGUCCUUAUCUUCAACGGUCUGGAGUGGAGUAAUGAGCGUUUUCGGAGAUUUCCAGCGUGUCUGGGUACAAAGAUUCCCGGACAGCGCCUUGCCGGCGGCCUGGGAAGAGGACGUCAGGGCCAACCUAGUCAAGCAUAAACAGAAGGUAACAGCUUUGAGGGAAGAACUUGAGAAAGAAGAAUUUUAUGUCGAAUAUUUAGAAAGAUUAUUAGCUGAUGUUGAGCGGCAUAAGCAAUUGGCAAAUAGCAAUGCUACAACAACACCUGAAAAACAGCAGCUCACAGAAUUUCAAAAUCAACAUACGUGUCAAACACUAGAAAACAGUUUACCAGAUUCUACAAACACGUCUCAUACUCAACACGUGGAGCCAUCAGCCCCGCCCCUUCCUGUACGCGAAGAUAUAAGUAAAUUCCAGGAUAAGUGUGUUUCUGAAUUGAGUUCUACUCUUAAUACGAGUAAAAGACCCAAAAGUGAGAUACCGAGGAGUCCUGAUAAAGUGCCUGAACUUAGAAGAAACAGUGACCCAGAUGUGCCAAGUAAUUAUGUCACUGUAAUUGAAGUGACAGGGAGCUCAAAAAAAGAUAAAAAUGAAGAAUCUCUUAAAGAAGAGGACGAGAAAGAUUUGGAAAAUGCGAUUAACGAAGAUGGAGAAGACGGUGAUGCGGAGGCAUCGGAGGAAGAACCAUACUAUGAUUCCGUAGCUUUAGAUCAAACUGGAGAAUAUGUAUAUAUCGACGCACGUGUACCACCCGUUGGAAAUAAUAAUGGCAAUAGACCACCGCCGAGAAGACCGCCUUCCCUUCCAGAUUCGCCAGGGAACCAGAGUAACUAUGUCAACAUCGACUAUUUUAUACAGCACAAAGCAGCAAUGGACAGUGAAGACGAAGAAGGUGCAAGUCCUGCGCCACCGAUUUUACUACGCGCUCUUAGUACCGAUAAUGAAACGGGUAGUAGCGACGCAGAACCUUUAAGUUUAAGCGAAGGUAGCUUAGAAUCGCCGACACCGACUACACCGCGCCGGCAAGAGAAAAGUAAAGACCGUGAGGACGAUAGAACGUCUAUGAUUAAAUGUAUUGUAAACUCGGUAGUAGAAAGUGAAACUAUAUAUGUCGAAUGUCUAAACGUAAUGUUGCAAUACAUGAAAGCUAUUAGAGCAACAUUGACCACGUCUCAACCCGUUAUUUCUGAAGACGAGUUCGGCACUAUGUUUUACAAGAUUCCCGAGUUACAUGCCUUGCAUCAAACAUUUUUGGACGGUCUUAGGAAAAAAUUAGAAAAAUGGGACACUAAAACUACUAUAGGCGAACAGUUUAAAAUGGCCAGCAACAUAGGAUUAUACGGAGCUUUUUUACACAAUUACGCUCGCGCUACCGAUACAGUACGCAGGUGUUCCGCACAUUCAACUCAGUUCGGUGAAAUUACAAGGGAUAUAAGACUCAGAGGAUUUCCCAAAGGUCCAGGUUUAUCACUAGAAGAUCUGUUACACAAGCCAGUAGCACGAGUACAAAAAAAUGCCCUAGUAUUGCAUGAUCUCCUUAAGCAUACACCAGUGAAUCAUGCAGAUCAUGCACCACUCUCAGAAGCUCUUGCUAUGACUAGAAAUUUUCUAGACGAAUUCAACAUUAUUCAAACGAAAUCAAUGUUUCCGUUUUUUCAGAGUCAUGACAGAGCGCAACGAAGAUUAGUGAAAAAUUCAUUUGUGGUAGAAUUAUCUGACGGCCAUAGAAAGCUGAGACAUCUGUUUCUAUUUAAUGACGUUAUUGCAUGUGCAAAAUACAAAGCUUCCGGUAGAGACAAAUUUACAUUUGAGUUAAAGUGGUAUGUACCAGUGGCAGAAGCGGUAGUGACAGAAGAUGGUAUUGAGCCGCGUGAGACUAGUCCAGCUAAUGUCGUAGCUCUGAGGUCACAAGCAUGUACUGUACGUGAUCAAAUUUUGUGGGAAGAGCGAAAUGACGAGAAACGAAUUAGGCUUGGUGGUAGAGGUUCAGAAAAGAAUAGGAAAAAGCUUGCUGAGCUCGAGGCUCAACUAGUAUUAGCGUCACCAAAUUUAGUAUUACGCGUUGUGCAUAAAAGCCAACAUCGAGUACAAAACUCGUACACGUUUUUUCUAUCCAGUGAAUUUGAACGUUCUCAGUGGGUUGAAGCAGUGGAGGCAUUGCAACAGGUAAUGCGUUCCCAUAUGUACCUAGAUAAGUCAAAGGGUGGACAACCUCCAGGACCGUUACCUUUAUCGAUGUACGAAUUGCAGGCAUGGGUUACAGCCUGUCGUACCUAUCUCCAAACAGAUAUGGGCAGCUAUUUAUUAAGAUCAGGUCGCGAUGAGAGUUUAUUACUAGGUGAUCUUCAUUUGACUUUACUUGGUUUGAUACCACCAGGUUUGGAUAGAGUGGGAGAUCUUUACAUUAUCGUGGAGGUUGACAGUUACGGGCACUAUUUUAAACGAGCAAAAAGUCGUGUCGCAAGGGGUCAAGCUCCAACGUGGGGUGAAACGUUCGUUGUUGAAUUGGAAGGAAGUCAAAACGUUAGAAUUUUAUUGUACGAGGAAUGUGGAACGCGUUCGGUAUUACGGGGUAAAUGCGUACAAAGAUUGAGCAGGUCUUGGCUUCAGUCGGAUCAAGUGGAGAGAUCGUUAAAUUUGGGACCAGCUACUCUAGAUGUAGCACUCCGUUUCGUUCCAAGCGAAGUAACAUUAAGACGGGUACCAUCUGCUAAGCCUCAAGGUUUAUUCGGAGCUAAAAUUCAACAAGUGUGCAAACGCGAGAAACGUGACGUUCCUUUUAUAAUAACGGCGUGCGUUAGGGAGGUGGAAAGGCGAGGUGUCGGAGAAGUCGGUUUAUACCGCGUUUCUGGUUCGGCUUCAGAUUUAACCAAAUUACGUAAAUCGUUUGAAAGUAAUUCGUACGAAGCAGAACAGUUACUUAAAGAGGUGGAUGUCCACUCUGUAACAGGUGUUCUUAAGUUAUACCUUCGAGAAAUGCCGGAAGCUCUUUUCACGGAUGCCCUUUACCCGGCGUUCCUGGAAGCCUUUCAAAACAGCGAGUUGUCGAAGAGCGUCGCCUUACGGCGAGUCUACGAGAGUUUGCCAAUCGUAAAUAAAGCGGUCAUUGACUUUUUGCUCGCUCAUUUGAUACGCGUUAACAAACACGAGACGCAGAACAAGAUGUCUUUGCACAAUUUGGCGACAGUGUUCGGGCCGACGCUUCUCAGACCUGGCACGAAUUCGCGAUCAGACGCGAAGAGCCGCGACCCAUUGGCGGCGGGCACUGUGGACGUGAUGGCGCAGGCCGGUAUAUUAUACUGUUUUUUGCAGAUGCACAUGCAACAGAACAAUCAGUCACUCUAGUCGAGAGGUUCUUGUUGAUACAUCGUGGCGUCAGUUGCUCACCGGGAAUUUCGCGCAACGGGACAGAGACUCGGCGGCGACUAACGCUGGAAUGUAAAAAAUUAAAAAUUUUUUAUAAUAUAUUUCGUUAGUUGGCGAACUUGUCGAGAUUGUAUGCAAUAGCUGAACCGCAUGAUUUUUUAAACAUGUCGUUAACGGCGAUAUUUCAGGCAAAAGGUUGCUCGAAAAUCAUGCGGAUCAGUCAUUGUGUAAGGCUUGAGUAAGUUGACCCGUUAGUUUUGUGACGUAUCGUUUAUACAACGCUGAAUUAGACGCAUUAAGUAGUAGACAGGCUUCGACGAAACCCAGAUCGAUGAAACUCCUCUUUUGCAUUGUUACGCAUACGAGUAACGCAGCAAAGUGGUCUUAGGAGCGGUAACGUAUCGUCCCUGCUUCAAAGUCCGUGAUAUAUUUUAUACUUGUAUUCCCGCGAAGUCCUAGCCCACGAUCUUGUGCGCGUGUAAACGCGCGAAUCAUUUUCAGAGAUAUUUUGAACGAAAAUUUCUCCUAUGAGAGAGAACAGGAGACACAAAGCAGUCCGGUUCGCUAUGUAUCCACGCUUUAGAAAAUAAGUAUUUUUUCCAAUGGGGCGUGUUCCUAGCAGAGAGCCUACAUUUUUUUACGCAACAACGUGACAUACCUUUUACUAUGUCCAUGAAAAUGUCCACGUAUUCGAAACAAUAACGUUUCUAAGUAUUCCUACAGAAGAUUUCAGAAAGCACGUUCCUCGGGAUGCGCGAAUUUAAGCUUAAUAGUGACGUGUAAUAUACAGGCUGCAUUGUUUUUAAAAGGAAGUCGCGUUUCUCGCCACUUGUGAGCCGUUUUAUUCUUUAUAAAAAUAUUUUGAAAUAAAUCUGUGCUCUGGAGUGUUUUCGAAUGAACAUUUCAGAGCAAUGUAAAACCAGGUUUUUAAUAUUUAAGCUGUAAUUAGACUCGUAUUUGUUUUUUACUCACACUGCCUGGCCGUUGAUUCUAUUUUAGUUGGACCAGCUACCGGAAGUGGUUUCUACGAUCGGAAACAUUUCUAAAUAUAAUAUUUUAAAUACUUUUUAAAAUGUAUGUUUAAUAAAUUAUAUAGCAAUUAAACGUUAAGCAUUGCUAGCGAACGGUUGAAAAUAUUUUAUAUAUGUAAUUGUAAAAUGUAUUUUAUUCUAUGCAUACAUUCCUCUGCCAACUUAUUACUGAGAUGAAAGGAUAUUUGCUAAUUAUCCUUAACAUUUAUUUGUCAGUUCUUAAAGUUUGUUAAAGUCUAAAUACAGCUUAAUAGAGCACCAAAGAGAAAUGAUUCUCUCUCAUAACUUCAAUAGAGAACCGUGGUUAACCCUUUGAAGUAUUGCAAUAUUUAUAGUUUAAUAUCUACUACAAUACUUACCUUAUAAUAUCAUCCAUUAUAUUUUGCUAUUUCUGUAUAACAGAACCAAUUAAUUCUAUAUAUUUGCAUUAGUUGCAUCUUUAGGUAAAUUGCUCUUUAUUAAAUCUGUACUCGUAUUUUUCAAAAUACCGUAGAACGUCGUUUAUUCGAACCGGUAUACGUCUCGUUUAUGGUUUCUGAUAAUCGACGUUUCGCGGUAUAUGCUUCAAAGGGUUGUAGGAAAGAAAAAGCACAUUUGGCAGUACAAAUUUAACACUUUAUAGAAUCCCCGCAUUGCAUGCUAGGACGUUUGUGAGCUACUUUGUAAUCAAGGUCGAAAAAAAGAAAAAAAAACAAGUCUGACGAGUGUUCGAUAAACGGAAUAGUAUAUAAGUAUUAAACAACAGAAGGAAGGAAGGAAUGAAGAAAAAAUUACGCCGAGGUACUUUUCCGGGGGUGACCAUUGUGCUAGAACGAAGGCAACUAUCGUGUGCGUGGUUUCAGCGUGUGUGCGUAUGUAUGUGUAACCCGCCCUUGUGUAUUAUAUCGUAAAUAUUGGAUAUCUUUAAUUUUUAUAUCGCAUUUAGCAUAAGAUGCGUCCCUCUUUUGUACAUUCAUGAAACGUGUAAAGACAAAGUUUCCGCUAUUACAAUUUAUUAUUAUUAUUAUUAAUAUUAUGAUUAUUAUUAUUUUUUAUCACUCCGCAUUUCACCAUUACCCGAUAACCACGAAUCAAGCGUUUGUUACGAUGUUCGGUGAAGCUAGCUUAUCCGCAGCAAGAUGAUGUACUGCCAAAAAAACAAACCCGCGAAACGCAUAAAUAUACCGACGGUUUAUAAGCCUAUAAAUCGGAAAUAUUUAUCGUCGCCCAUGGGUACGUUUAGUAGUCUUCGUUUCAUUUUCUUUUUUUUUUUUUUCUUUUUUUUUUUUGUAUGUAGAAAGUUAAUUUUAAGCCGGAGCACGUUGUAUUGUAACCAGAGUUGUUGUUUUAUUUUA